AAUCAAAACCCCAAUCCCUCACAAUCCCAUUUCCCUCCCUCGCAUUUUCAGAAAACCCGUCCCCAUUCCCUCACAUUUUCAGAAAACCCGUCCCCAUUCCCUGACAACCGAUUCCCUCACAAAACCGAUUCCCGCACACCGGAGCUUAGCGAUUGCCGCCUAUACACCGGAGCUUCUGCCGCCUGCACGCCGGAGUUCUAGCCACUUACAGCACACCGGUGCUACCGCCUUCUGCACAUACGCCUUUCAACUAACUCACGACAGUCGUCAUUGGAUGUUAGCAAUUAUUAGUCCAUGGAAGGGAUUGGUUUAUUGGUUAGAUCCUGCUGGUGUGGAAAAUAAAGUGCGUGAAAAUGCUUGUAAAAUUAUUUAUGAGGGGCUUGUGAAGUUAGGAAUGGUCCAUCGAAAGGAUCUCAAAAAAAUUAAAAAGAAUCCUAAAGUUGGUUGGAACAAACUAAAAUGUCCUCCUCAACCUCAAGACGCCAAAUACUGUGGAUAUUAUGUAUGCCGUUAUAUGCUUGAGACUAUUGAAAGUAGGCAACAAUUGAUUUUGGAGGAGUUUUCCCCUGGGGCUCCUUCAACUUAUUCUCAGGAGAGCAUUGAUCAAGUUCGAGAUUUAUGGAUUUCUUACGUUGUUAAAUAUAGGCAACAAAAAUUGGAGAAGGAAGCAGAAGAUUUGGAUGAUGUGUUAUAAGGUUAUAUCGAUGGAAAUUAUUAAAGAUUAGAAUUCAUGAAGAAUUUUGAUGACAUAUGACUUUUGGAAUAAGAUAAUUGUAUAGUUGAAUUAUAGUCUAUAUAUAUGAUGAAAUGGUUUAUAAUUUUUGCUGUUGGUAUAGCAUGUAUGAACGCGUAUAUUUAAUGGUUUAUAUGGAUUAGUACAAA